ACAAUCGCAAAACGCGCACGCGACGGUAAAGGUCGCCGAGACGAAAACUAGUGAAAAUACGAAGAAGAACUACGUCAGUGAAGUUAUUUUAUUAUACGGAGUUUGUGUGUACAAUUUGUGUUUGGAACUUUCAACCAAUAUUCCCACUUCGGAUUAUAUUUUGGAGAAUGCGACAGGGUGAGAUUUGAAUGAGAUAAUAAUUUGACAGAAUAAUUAGCAACCGACUGACCUAUUAAACGAAUAUACCGAGGAGAAAAUCCAAAUCAAUUUCAUUGUAUCUACUCAUCAAAAAACGUCUAUUUUGAUCGAUGACUACGGCUUGGAAAGCCGGUGCAAAAUCAAGCAUGCUAUGGUGCGCCUCAACGAUGAACAUCAGACAAUCGGAACGCACCGAUUUUAUGACUCUAUCGUGAGGGAUUCAUCUAGUUGGCGGCGUCCCAAAGUCCCAACGACGAUCAGGACGUCGGAGCACGUCGCUCGUAGAGGUGGGCGUACCUUGAACUUGCUGUCAUUCUCACAAUGGCAAACAUUUAACAUCGAAUAAGUUAAAUUUCUAAGCUGUUUUUUAAAUCAACCAUCAGUUAUACAGUAAGAUAUCGCAAAACCAGUGUCUAUAAAGUGUACUAACCAAUGAAUCGUUUUAUCAAAAUUAGUGAGUAUAAUAUUCGGGCGUGUCUAAUUCAGCAUAUGAACACAAUGUUGACAAAAUAGUUAUAAAAGAACUGUUACAAAUGUAACCGGUGAUCUCUACAGCGAGUAGGCUAUGACGACGCGUGAAGUCGCGCUCGAAGGUGGUGCUCCGUGGGGUUUUCGCAUGCAUGGUGGAGUCGAUCAUAAUCAGCCGUUGAGGAUUUCUAGGGUUAAUCCGGGGAGUAAAGCUGCGCUUAAAGGAAUCCGAGAGGGAGAUUUGAUUUCGUCAAUCAAUGGUCAAGGCACUAAAAAAUUAACAAACAUUGAAGCACAUGGACUUUUACGCAAUGCAGGAAAUGUACUGAAAUUAGGAUUAAACGAGGACCCAGGAGAAUCACCAAAGAGAAGACAAUAUAGAACAGUACACCAAGAAACUUUACAAGAAACGGUAAAAAGAUCCAGCGUGACAACAUACUCUCUAACAAAAACGUUUGAAACUGCAGACUCGUUAUCGGAAAAUUCCAACGAAAAUCCAGUUGCCAAAACAGAACAAUCAACUGUAAAUGGUACUUCGAACACCAUACCCCCUAGUAACUUAUUAGUGACAAGAAAAACAAGUUCUUCCAGUUCUUCAUCACCAACACUCACUAAAGAAGGUGAUCUUCGAAAUACAUCGUCCGAUCAUGCUUUAGCAUCUCAAAGGUCUUCCUAUACAAAUUGUACAUUAAGUCCGUCCAGCCCUUCCAUAUUAUCCGAAGACGGCAUAUGUAGCUGUACUCCAGGCCAAGACAACAUAGAUAAACAACACGUAAUAGAUAACAUGAACGAUAACCAGAGCAGUUCAAGAUCAAAGCGACGAAGACAGCGCCGAAAAAAUCAUCGAAAUAAUUCCGAAUCUACGCAAGAUAAUACGCAAAAUAAUACGCAAAAUACUUUAACUAGCGUCGAGACUGAGAAAUACGAAAAUGUUGUUAAUGAGAUUAAAAAUAUUAAAGAAGACUAUAUCGUACAAUCUCCCGGUGAACUUUCAAAAAUUAAUAGCGGUAAAAAAACAAUUGUGAAACCAGUUAAAAGCCGAAGUUUAGACGAUGAUGAUAUGGUAAAAAUUCAAGAGGUGUCUGAACUAAGUGAAACAGAAGACAGAGAAAGUCAAGCAAUAGUUUCAGAAGCAUCUGAAAGUGAAGUUGAAUGGGAAGAAACGGCUACUUUAGAUAUUCCACCUCCCCUUCAUGGCUCUUUAAGUACCUUUACACUACCUCUCGAAGUAUGCAGUAGUGAACAAAUAACUUUGCUGUCUCCCGAAGAAGAGAAAAGUUUGCGCGAUUUUCUCGGAAGUCUUAAUUUAGUAAACGGUCCAGAAGAAGCCGCGAAUAAAGUAUACGAAAAGAACUCAAUAGAAAGUAUUAAACUACGAAAAGCUAAAAAGAAGGCUGAAUUAGACCAAUAUUUUUUUCCCAUUUACCAAAAUCCUCGUUAUUUAGAUGUAAUUAGUGAAGAAUCUAGUGAUCGUGACAGUGACAGAGAACAAACAAACAAAACUCGUAUUCUUAGGAAAGGAACCCCAGAACAAGACCUUUCUCCUGUACCUCCUAAAAUUCCUCCCCGACCCAAUCGCGAACGAAAAAAUUAUCUUCCCCCUAUAGAACAAGCACCUGCAGUCUUAGUGGAUACAAAACUGCUUGAAAUUCCCACGAAGUCGGAAGCUAUUUGUAGUACAACCAUUACAACUGAAGAAGGUAUAAGGCCAGAGGUUGAGGUCGUUUACCUAACUUCAUCUGAAACAGAUUCUACUGAUGACGUGGAUAGUGCCAGUAGCGAUAGUUACGCCGUUGGUUCAGAAAGAAAUAGUAGCAAUGAAGAUUUAAGUGAAAAAACAUUAGUAAGUGUCAAUGCUGAAAUUUUAAAUAGUAGCGAAGAACUGCAUACUAUAAAAAACAAUAAUGCACUGGAUUUUUCUGUUGAAAAUAUGAAUAAAGGAAACGAAACCUUAAAAAGUGAAUUGUCCUCAAAGAGCUGCUUCACUAUUAAAAGCAAUAAAAGUUUCGAUAACACAGAAGAUACUGUAACUAUAGACUGCUUCUCCCAAUUAACACCUCCACCAACCCCUGAAAAUGUAUCUCCAAAAGAAACAAAAUCUAAUAUUGAAAUAUACCAUGGUGUCAACCAAAAUAAGGCAGACACUAAACCUGUACCAUUCGCAACAGUUAUUAAUGUUUCAUCUAAAGGAGAUCAUGACACUCAUGAUACUCACAAUAAAAAGGAAGAUAUUUUAGUAAGGAAAAUAGGAAUAGACGAUACUACAAAAUAUUUAACAACUCUUGAAAUUGAUCCAAAUGGAGAAACUAUUUACACCAACAGCAUAAGUCCACCUCCUCCUUCAAGAUCUAGGUCCUCCUCCAGAAGUGGAAGCUCAAGCCGAGAAAGUUCUCAGUGUACAGCUAAAUAUAAUCCAUCAGUGUCGUCAAUAACUGACGUUCUGUCACUAGCAAAAAGUGAAGAAACCAACUACUACCAAGCAUUAACUCUUAGGGAAAUAUGUUUGAAGUUUCUACUAGCAUUUCCUUUUGGGAAAGAAAUUUUAGAAGAACUGGCUGACGUUUCCAAAUAUAUAGAAUCCUACACUAGAUCCCUGCCUAGCACUGUGUUACCUAAACUAGUUCCUAACUUAGCACCGUUUGUUGACAAAGCACAUACAAACAAUAAUAUUCUUUCUUAUAACCUUUCAGUCCAUUUACCCUCCAAAAAACUGCAACAUGAGGAUAUCAUUGCUAUGAACAGCACUGUAAAUGAAACUCAAGAAAAUCUCAAAAAUAGUCUUAAAAGUAGCCAUAAGGUAGUCACUCAACUUGAUAAACAAGAAGUACCAGGAAAUGACGUUAAAAUAGAUAAUUCUAAGUUAUCUACUUCUAUAGAGAGAAUAAUACCAAUUCAGAUAGAAACGUCUUCUACUAAGGAAACGUCAAAAGUUGAUUCUACAUCUCGAGAAUUUAAUAUUCCUAUACAUAUCGAAAAAGGGUGUGAAAGAACAAUUCCAAUAGGGAUUGAGGCAAAUGAAAAACAAGACGCAAAAGAUCAAAACAGCAACGUGACCAAAGAACGAAUAAUUCCUGUGCAAAUUGAACAAAAAUGUCAAUCAGAUAAGAAUAUCUCAAAGAAACAUGAAGUAAAUAUACCAAUUAAAACGGACGUGUCAAAUUGUCCAAGUAAAGAAUUUUUAAUACCAAUCACAAGGGAAAAUGUUAAUAUCAAAGAUAAUGAAAUAAAAAACGUGGACAACAUGUUAAAGAAAGAGGUAAAUAUUCCAAUAAUAAAAGAUUGGGUUGCACUACCCACUGAAAAGGAUCCAAACGUUUUAAUGUGUUUAUCGCCUAAACAAAAGGAUCAACUUGAAAAAUCUAAACAGAUUCCUGAUGAAGCAGGAAAGUUACUAGAACUACAUGAAAAAUUCAUGAACAGAAGAAGUUGCCACGAAGAUGUUAGAAAAGAAUCUCAAGAAAAAGUCACUGUCACAACUAACGUACCGGAGACCUCCAGUAGAUUAUUAUCUAUAAUAAGAGAAGAACCGUCAACGAUUACUGAUGAUAAAGACUACAUAUUUUUUAUUGAAAAAGAACCAAAACCUAGUUGCAUGGCUACAUUACCCCGCGAUACGAAUAAAGCGCGCCUGAACGCUAAAGAUUUAAGCGAAUGGCUUAAUUUAGCUCGAAACAAAAGUAUGAGUGAAAGCAACUUGACCACCGUUCCAGAUAUUCCCGAAAAUAACUUAAGAAAGUAUUUCAAUACACCUGCGGCGCCUAUAAGACGUACGUCGUUGCCUCACGAUAUUUACGAAAAGCAAAUGAUUUACAUUCAAGAGAAAGAGCGAGAAAUCCAACGGCAAUUAGAAGCCCUCGAGGAGGAAAAGAGAAAAAUGAAUGCCGAUAUGGCACCCUCGAAGCAAUUUCACGCGGAAGACUACAAUUUUUCUCGCAAGGGCGAUUUCGCGGAGUCUAAAAAAAGACCCGUGUCUAUGCCCCUGAUUCCGACUGAAUAUUUUCGUCAACAAAUGUACGAAGAGUAUAUGGAUAAGUUUGCCGAGCGUGAAGAACGUAAACAACAUAAAAUUAUUAAGGUCACGUCGUCCAAGGACGUACACGAGGAUGAUCAAAAAACCAUCACAGCCAAGGAAAUAAUUCAUCCGGUACAAAUAGAAGACGAAUUUAUGAACAAAGUGAAACAAAAGCAGCAAGAGGGUGUAUUAGAAAACCGAAAAAGUGAAGAAACAGAAAAAGCAAGCAGCACGAAAGAAGAUGAUGAACCUCCCGUUUUGGUAAUGGACGGUGAAAAGUUAAAGGAGGCCAGAGAACUACCCAAACAUUUGCAGGAGUUCGUGGGACCAGACGGUAUAUGGUCGCCUGGUCAAAGAAUUGACUUUUCACCAACAAAAGAACAUAAUAAAAAGGACUACGAGAGCCAAGAUGAAUCCAUUCCUCCUAUGUGGACACCCAAAAGUGCAAACUCUAGUCCCGUCGCCGAAAGAAAAGAAUUUAAGCCUGUUAAUUUUCAAUCGCCUGUGUUAAGCAGGAGAAACAGAACGUCUUCUGAGAACUUGGGAUCAAAAACACAAGUUCAGGCACCUCCUUGGAAAAACCAAGAUUAUAGUAGCGAUACAGGAUCAGGACCCACUGUAGACCGAAGGCUGCCUACAAGUCGAUCAACUCCCGCUACAGGUUUUUCAGAAUUUUCCAGUACUUCACGUCUUCCUAAAGCACAAAACCCUACUAUCACGCUUCUUCAGAAAGCUAGAGAAGGUCAACUUCCAAAAGGAGCAUCCUAUAUUGAUCAAGAACCAAGACAAUACAGGCUGAAAAACGAGAGACCUCCUAUAGCUGGACCUGGAGAAAUUUUGUACCAAAUUAAACACGAGUAUACAAGCGAAUCCGAAAACGAAAGAUCUCGAAAAAUGACAGACUUAGGGCCUAGAAAAUUCGAAGGAAUUGGUCCCGUUACCAAAGAUGGUCUUCCACUGGUUCUUAGAUCUGAAAUAAAAGACGAAAAUCAAUCAAAAUGGUACAAAAGGAUGUACGACACUAUUCACAAACAGAAGCCUCAUAAUGACGAAUAUGUUACAAUACGAUAUAAACAGAAGAGAGCGCAAUACCCUUACACUUCCGGUUAUCUGUCUGAGCCGGAACCAGGCGCUUAUGACAGUGAUUUCACCGAUUACAAAUAUCAAACUCUGGAUAGAAGACGGCCGGCGCCACAAGAUCGAUCUACGGAAUAUAUUUCAUCUACGAUGCCAAGGCCAACAGUUAAUAGGUCAAUAUCUUCUGACGUUGUACGAAACUCAGCGGAUAAAUACGCGAACCAGCCAGGAAGAAUAGAAAACUACACUCCUGGCAAAUCCUCAAUCUCAGAAAAAGAAGCGAAACAGUGGUGGGACGAAGUCAUGGAUAUAUUCGAUGGGUGGCUAGAUGAUAACUCGGCUCUACCCAGCUAUGAGGUCAUGUUCGCAAGGGCACUUUCAAAAUCUCAUUUGGAGCAGCAAAGGAGAGUUCAAGUUCAGCCUCAUCCAAGGAGUUUCAUAAACCAGGCCUUAAAGGAGUCCGGAUAUGAAAGCGACUCCACCUUGGUGUUUAGGCGAAAAGAGGAAGCGAUAGCUCAACAGCUUAGUCCAAAGGAGCAACGGGAAGCCUACAAAUUUAUUCAAAAGGGUGGGGAUAUACCAUUGCAUGGUCUUCGAAAACCAGCACCCGAAAGACCCAAAGAAACGGAAUUUGUGGAAUUUUUCCCAAUUUCCCCAACGCUAACAAGAAUAAGAGUUCAUAAAAAUAUUAAGCCUCAAAAGGAAGUACUCUGCUAUCCGGUAACAGUUCAGCACCAAGAUCCGAACACUUUUUCGGCUUACAAGCGAAUUGCUCCUUCUUCAGCCAUUCCUACUCCUCCUCCCAUUCCUCCUCCAUCUCCACCACGAAGAAAAUCUUCUAGAAAUAAUCCGACUUUAAGAUUGGUUUCUACAAUGAAAGUCAAAACAGAAAAGUCACCGUUGUGUAAAAGGCACGAGACAUGUUUUACGACAACAUCAAAUAUUGAUAAAUCAAAAGUUAAUUACUUAAAGGAUAAAAUUACUUGUAAAUUAUCACCAACGCCAAGCAAGAGAAGUCCCAGUCCUAAAAUUAGAGUGACUAAGAAGGUUACUGCUUCUACAGAUCUGAAGAAUAAAAUAACUUCUACCCUAACUACUUCGAAAGACGUUAAAACUUCGGCUCGUAAAAUACAAAGUAAAACUAAUGUUCAUAAUUACAUUGGGAGAUCUAAAUCGACGGAUUCUGUUAGAAAUACAAUUAAAACGACUGUUGGUAGAAGUCCGGUCACGUCAUCCAUGGAAAGUCUCAAUCUUAUGAGAAGCUCUCCAAAAACUUUUAGAUCUGAGAAGAGAAAGUUUGAUUUAAACAUAAAAACCAAGCUGGUAAAAUCUCCCGAUCUGUUGUCACCAACCGAGGUUAAAAAAGCAUCCAUGAUGACUCUACCACAAGGUACAGUAUAUAAGAAAUCUAAUGCUGUAUUAGCAUCAUCUAAAAACAGUGGCAAGAUUAAAGAGUUUUUGCCAGUCAAGGUUGGAAUUUCAGAUAAAGGAAGAAAUAUUUUAAAACCAAAUGUUCCGUCUUCUCCUAAACCUAAAAGAGUGUCACCUUGUCCUUCAAGCUCAUCAUCAACCAAAGUGAGAUCAUUAGAAUCAUUAUCAUCACCAAAACUGCAAAAGAAGAAGAGCGUUAUAAAAACUAAAAGUGUUUCAUCUAAAGACCAUAGUCAGAAGUCAAAAAAGGAACAAAUCAAUGACGAAAUUAAAAAAGACAUUAAAUCAAGUAGACCUACAAGCAAAUCUUUAGAGAAAAUCGAGGGAUUAAGAACAUAUAAGAGAUCAGAUGCUAAUACUAAAGAAGACUUUGAUACUAGUUCGAUACUAACCGAUAUACGUAGACAAAAGAACGCUAUAGAAAGUAAUCAUUUCUUCCAACAUUUGUUUCUGCGAGACAUAUCUCCAACUCCGUCAAACACCAGCAGAAAUUCUUGGAUUGUUGAAAAAACAAACCAGUUAACUCGUAGACGGUCAUCUGUUCCUGAGCCUACUGUAAGUGCAAUGAAAGUAUAUUUAAAACAUACAAGACCUGUUUCCGAUUCCAAAUUUAUAAGUCUAGAUAUAGCUCGAAUUCGUUCGAGAUCUGCAAGUCCCAAGUCCGUGACUUUUGACGAUAGCACUAAAUUUGAAAGCAAGCCACCCAAAAGAAGUUCAAGCUUGCCAGCAAAAUUAAUAUUCUCGCAAACUAGUAGACCCAUUUCGCCUGUGGUACAACAUAAAAAAUUUAUAUCUCCACCACCUUCCCCUAAGUUAUGCCGCUCGCCAUCUUGCAGGAAAAUAAUGCAAUACAAGAGCCAUCAAGUUGAGAAGAAACAGCCAGAACUAUCUUUAUACAUGUGUCCGAGUUUAAAUCAUAGUACUACCUCAUUGGACUCUUUAAGAAGUGAGGAUUAUUAUAAAUACUUUACCGAUCAAGUUCAUGGCAAUAAGUAUUAUGACAAAUUCAAAGACUUAAAUCAGUUUUACACAGAAAUAGAAAAGGUUGGUCAACUUGAAAAGGUAUUUAGCGUCAAACCUAGGAAAAAAAGUGAAACUGAAAUUAUUGAUUAUGAUAGAUGGAAGGAGGUUAGGACCCGUGAACGUGCAGAACAAGAACUGGGAGCCCUUUAUAAUCAAAUUAAAAAGGAAGAAAAAGAAAAAGGUUUCUUAUACCUUCCUAAAGACGUUCAGCGAUAUAAAUGGCGAAAAGAAUAUGACAUGGGGCUUAGAGUAAAGGAAAAGUCAGUAGAUGAUAUAAAAGGAGAAUUUGAAAAAAUUAAAUAUGAGGAUUCUGAUCGUGAAAACGCAAAGAGGCGAGAACUAGCUUUCCUCAAAGACACGUAUAAACCUUUGUGGCGAGGAUUUUCUGUGGCUAAUAUAGCGAGUAACAUAGCAGAACGUAGAGCACAUUCAGAAGGAAGGGUUAAAACAGCCAGGCAAAGGCUUAUCGACUCUGAAAAGAUAUUGAAUCAUGGCAUUGGAAGCAAGCUUUGGAGUAGCUUGUCAAUGGAACAAGUAAAUAUAUUAAAGGAACAACUUGCAGAAAUAUACAAUAAUUACCCAAAAAACAAAGAAGAUUAUACUAUUCAUGUUCCUAAGGAAAAAAGUAAAGGGUAUGUUCCAACUUUAACAGUGCGAAGAAAUUCAGAUUCUUCUGAUCAUAUGUACAAGCCAUCUAAAACUGUUAAAAGCUCAAAUAUGUCUGAAAAUGAUAAAAAAAUGUUAUCAUAUACUUUAAGCAAAGAGUUAUUAGAAAAAAUUGGUAAUCAACGUAAAGAUUUGGGCUUACGAUUAGUUGUUGGUAAAGAAGUAUUGGGGGCAGUUGCGUCAGCUGAAGCGAAUGUUAAAGCAGAUUUUCGGAAAGAAGAACCAAAAAAACCUUUGGUUAAGACAAAUGCACUAACAAACGGAAAGGUGACAUCUUUAAGCGAAACUGAAAGUGGUAGUACUGAUGAAAGCACAAGGACUGUUAUAUGUACUGGAAAGAAGGAAGAUAUGAAGGAAGUUAAAAAGAAAGUUGAAUAUUUUGAGCAGGUAAAAGAACAUGAGCCAUACGUCCCAACUAUACACAAACCAGCUGAAACAGGUGUUGAGGUUAGUGAAGGUAGCGUUCAUUCUUCGAAAAAUUUAGAAAAAUCUCAUGAGAAAUCUCUUGUUCAAUCGAAGUCGGUUCAAAGCUUUAAAGAAUAUUUUGGAGAAACAGAUUUAAUGAAAUUUGCUACAAUUCCAUUAUCAGCAACCAGAAAGCAGAAGUUUAUUCCAAAAAGGCCAGAAUUGCGUGCCAUUGACAUAAGUCCUAUAAGAUCUGAAAUAUCAGUCGAUACUAGCAACGACAGUCUUUUCAGGAGUAGAUCAAUUUCUCCUUAUUUUAGUGAAAAACCCCCACUUAAAACUGGAGAAGUGUCAAGACUUCGCAAUAAAUUUGAAUUCUUGGAAGAUAUUUAUGGAGACACUACGCUAAAGAGAUCCAGGAGUGAAUCAGAUCUUAACACUGUUUACCCACAUUUUAGUUUAGGGCACGUGGAUAAUCUGAGAAGAAAAUAUGAAUACCCUGCUUACUCAGGAAGAGGUAGAAGUCGGACUAGAAGGGGAGGAGUUGUUUCGCCCGUUUUUUUAAGAGCUGAAGAUCGAUUUAUGCCCCACAUUAAUAUCAUAAGUAAAAUUGCUAGUCUCUAUACACGUAAAAAUAUCAAGAAUGGUAAUAAAGGACAUCGCAAAAGUAUAGAGGAGUUGGCAGAAAUUUUCGGAUGUCCUGUUGGUGAAGUCGAAAAGUUACGAGAAAAAUUUGACAGUCAAGAAGAUAUUUCGUUGGUAGGACACAUGUACACUUCUUCUCCCAGCAUUCGUGAACUUAGAGAUAUUGCUCCAUACUUAACUGCUGACUGGACAGCACACCGUUAUCCCAGACUUGAAGAUAACACUCGUUCAUUGUCUUCUCCAGAGAAUUCUGUAGCAUCCAAAGACACUUCUCUCCUUCGCAAAAAUAAACAGAGACCUAAGUCUACCUCACCCACUCCUAAACCCAUAAAGUCUUCUUCAAUCCUAAAACCAAUUCAGCAAAAACAACGGUCUACGGAUUUUUUCAAAAAUCAGAAGUAUGAUCCGAAGAUACACGAGCCCAUAGCUCGAUACCAGCCGAAAGAUGUCUCCAGGUACAAAAAUGGGUGGAGUGUUUGCUCGAAACCAACGGUUUCGUUUAAAGACCCAGAACCUCCAGUACCACCACCCAAGGGAAUUUCCGCAAGAAAUCUCGACUCAGAAUCACCAAGGAAGUAUCUGGAAAACGAAGUAACCAUCCACUACAAGACCCCAGUGCGACAAGAAAUAAAAGAAUACCUAAGCGAAGACGAAUUGGCCCAUCGACAAGCAGAGGCUAUGAAGAAAAUAUAUCAAGAAGAGAGACGGAAGAAAUAUCUGCAGGUUAGCAAGUCACUUCAAGAACUUCAAGACAUGAAUUCCAGAAGGCACACAGACAAUUUCAUUCCCUCCCAAAAAUCUCCAAUAUCCCUUAAUCGAUAUGAUGACUUUGACGAUCUAGCACCAUCUGUAAAACCACGACCUCGAACACCAGAACCUCGAAUUUGCGCUCGAGCCCUUUACAACUUCGUUGGUCAAUCAGCUAGAGAACUGACUUUUAGAAAAGGUGACAUCAUCUAUCUUAGAAGACAAAUAGAUAAGAACUGGUAUGAGGGCGAACUUAAUGCAAUGGUUGGUCUGUUCCCGGCUAACUACGUAGAGAUUAUUCCUUUUGAAGGAUUAAAAUCCAAAUCUACCAUAAGAAAAGCACACGAGGGCCAAGCACGAGCUAAAUACAAUUUUGUAGCCCAAACUCACUUGGAACUGUCCCUUGCAAAAGGUGAACUAGUUGUUAUUACCCGAAAAGUCGAUGAAAACUGGUACGAAGGAAAAAUUGGUGGAAGAAAAGGUAUCUUUCCCGCCAAUUACGUCGAGGUUCUCAUCGAUCCACAAACGCCACCUACAUCUAAUACCAAGCCGGUAGCAUCUCCAGCAGCCCACUCUCUACUACUUAACGGAUCUGCGGGCGGUAAAGAAUCUAUGGGUACGCACAGCUAUACUCCUAACAUCUCGAGCUCCCAACUUGGGCCCAGUUAUCAUGCGAAACCCGUUCACGUUCUUAACAAUGGAUCUAUUGGUUCGUCACACACAAGCAGAAAUGCGGCACUGAAUCAAGCGCUGCAUAUAGAAACCCAGAAUGAACCCACACCAUACCGAGCCAUGUACAAAUAUAAGCCCCAGAACGAAGAUGAAUUAGAAUUACUAGAAGGAGACACCGUGUACGUUUUAGAAAAAUGCGAUGACGGCUGGUAUGUUGGUUCCAGUGAAAGAACAGGAGCCUUCGGUACUUUCCCAGGAAACUAUGUAGAGAAAAUUUAGCAAAAAAUUCCUUUGCUGUAUCUUGUUUAAAUUGAAUCUGUCUGUCAUUUAACCCGUUUCAAUUAUGGUGCCUAAUAAUUUAUAACCAUCAACUGCCAAUUUUUGAAAAAAAAAGUUAGCUAAGCCGAGAUGUUAUUAACCACGUUAAGCACAAAUUUCGGUUUCUUCUGCCAAAGAAAUGUGUUACCUUUUCUGAAAAGAUGUUUCUAAAUAGGGCUUCCGAUAAUAUUAAAAACUAACAGAGUAGCAAAUGCUGAUCAAAAAUUGAGUCUUCUUGCAAAUGAGUGAAAAACAUUGCGACUAACCCAGCUUGUAGAUUUUGUAUGAUCACUAAUAUUUAGUUUUCGUAAACAUGCAUUCUAGUCAUUAGCCAAAUGGUAAUUUUUAGCAUAGUAUCUUAUUACGGCGUUUCGAAAAGGCGCCUAAAAUUUGUACAACAGUACAACAUUUAUUUGCACCAAAAAGAGCGCUUGAGUUUUACAUACAUGAACAAUGUUCUUCCAUAACAUAAUAAUUGUAGAUGUAUAUUAAGAAAGAAUAUGAAUUUAACUACUUAUAUGCGGAGUUGUUCCGAUUAGUUUAAUUUUUGGCAUAUCGUAUUUGUACCUUCUGUAGAUUGACUGUGUUCUCUAGUUUCUAACCCACCUUUAUAAGACUUAAAUUAUAGGAGUGCCUUUUGAAUACAAUACUGACUUUCAAAGUAGUUAUUUUUGAGCAAAUUUGGCAACACAGCGAAACGAAUUUGUAAAGAGUGUGUAAAUUGUAAACCAUAUCGAUUCGACAACGUUGCCAAUUUCUCUGUUGUUAUUGUUUACCGUCUAAUUUAUAUUUACAAUGUUAGAUGAAAAUUAUAUUUUUUCGCUUUGUCAGAGAGCAUUAUACUUCACCUAUGUUUAUUUGUAACAUUUUUGUUUUACAAUAAAAAUAUUUAACGUUGAA